GUCUAAGGGAUUUGUUAAUUUUUUUAAGGCAUUUUCAAGUGAGUUGACAAAAGGCAGCAAGUGUCUGAAUCUGCUCUGUUUGACAAGAAGGCAGAAUCACUUGUCUGUAAAGCAAUAUCUCUCCACCAAUAACCCGGAAAAGAGACUUGGCAAGGAAAAUCCUUACCUUUUUUUUUCCUUGGAAAGAUCAUAGCUUGCUUCUUGGGAAGGUUGGUUGUUCUGCAGCCUUUUUAUCAGUUUUGUAUUCAUGCUUGGCCUGUUCUGGCCUGCUCAAGUGUGAGUGAAAACAACUAUCUUCAACUCUCUCGCUCUCUCUCGCUCUCUUUUUCUCAUUGCAAUUACCAAUUUAUCAUCUCCAUCAUCAUCUGGGUCCUCAGAAAAAUGAAGAGAAAAACUUUCAUUUUUCUAAUAGCUUCCCUGCACAUGAUGACUUGGGUUGCUGCAACAAACAGUCCUUCUGCACCAGAUAGUGCAGCUCAGCAACAAGAGCAAUUUCCAGAAUCCCCAAAAGCUGUAUUUCACUCAAAACAGGGACUUGAGCGCAGAGGAACACCAAGAAAUGGGGAUGGGGCAGCAUACAGAGGGCUGAGCACACUUGGGUCAAGGCCACCAAACUGUAACCACAAGUGUCAAGGCUGCAUUCCAUGUGAUGCAGUUCAGAUCCCCACCACCACUGACCACAUUGGAGUUCAGUAUGCAAACUAUGAGCCUGAAGGAUGGAAAUGCAAGUGUGGGUCUUCCUUUUUCAACCCAUAAAUUACUGCUUCUAGCCUUCAGUUCAAAUUUGAAAUUACAUAUCAGAUACAGAGCAGCCCCAACCCAUCCCCCAUCCCCCAUCCCCCAUCACCAAUCACCAAUCACCCAUCACCCAUCACCCAUCACCCAUCAAAUUUAUAUUCAAUUUUAGCUUUUGAUUUCCUUGAAAAUCUGAUGCUCAAAGAAAACCCUUUUUUUUUUAAGUGAG